AAAAAAUUUAGAGAAAGCGUCACAGAGAGGAGAUAGACAGAUAGAGACAAACCUCAGAUCCUCCAUUAACGACCGCCAUAUCCAUUUCUUUCUUUGUUUACAGUGUUCUCUCUGUCAUUCUAAUUUUUCUUCGUUAACCAAAUUUGUUGGAAUAUUCCACUACUUUCUCUCUCUCUCAAUUUCUUUCUGGUUCUUUCUUUUCUGUUCUUCGGACAUGGAAGCUUGAAUUGAUUGAAAGCUAAGUCAAUCUUGAGAUAUCAAGUGUGAACGUGACGGCAACGACGGCCUCACAGAAAGAAAGUGUUCGCUUCAAGGCCAAUAAAGAAAUCCGUUUCCAUUUUGGUUCCGGAAUUUACACUCUCUGCCAUACACAAUCAUGAGAUUCUGCAAUUGAUCGUCCUCGCCGGGGAUUUGGUGGUCCGCGAGGGUGAAAUUAGCUGCAAUGUGUCGUCCUAAUGCUCGUUCUAAUUGUGGAUUUGAUUUGUAGGAGCGCGGUUUUGUGCUCAUUUGGAUCUAAACCACAAUAUCACAAUGGCCCUAUUUCGCAAGUUCUUUUAUCGGAAGCCACCGGACGGGCUGUUAGAGAUAUCCGAAAGGGUUUAUGUUUUCGAUAGCUGCUUUACGACGGAGGUAUUGGAAGAGGAUGAAUACAAGGUCUAUAUUGGAGGCAUUGUAGGAAAGCUUCGUGAGAGUCUCACUGACGCUUCGUUCAUGGUGUUUAAUUUUCGAGAAGGGGAGGGUCAUAGCCUCAUUACUAAUAUAUUAUCUGUAUAUGAUAUGACCGUCAUGGAUUAUCCGAGACAAUAUGAAGGCUGCCCUCUACUCACCAUGGAGAUGAUCCACCACUUCUUAAGAUCCAGCGAAAGCUGGCUCUCACUUGGGCAGCAAAAUGUACUUUUGAUGCAUUGUGAAAGAGGGGGGUGGCCUGUCUUGGCUUUCAUGUUGGCCGCUCUUCUGAUUUACAGGAAGCAAUAUGCAGGGGAGCAAAAAACUUUGGACAUGAUUUACAAGCAAGCGCCUCGGGAGCUUUUGCAGUUGAUGUCACCACUUAACCCAAUGCCUUCACAGUUGAGGUAUCUUCAAUAUGUAUCAAGAAGAAAUGUGGGCUCACAAUGGCCUCCGCUCGACAGGGCGCUCACUCUAGACUGCAUUAUUAUUAGAUUGAUUCCUAAUAUGGAUGGGGAGGGUGGUUGCCGCCCAAUAUUCAGGAUAUAUGGACAGGAUCCCUUUUUGGUGGCGGAUCGAACUUCCAAAGUAUUGUUCUCAACCCCCAAAAAGAGUAAACUUGUUCGUCAGUUUAAGCAGGUAGAUUGUGAACUUCUUAAAAUUGAUAUCCAUUGCCAUAUACAAGGUGAUGUUGUUCUUGAAUGUAUAAGUUUGGACAAUGAUCUGGUAAGGGAGGAGAUGAUGUUUCGGGUUAUGUUUAACACAGCAUUUAUAAGGUCAAAUAUUUUGAUGCUUAACCGUGACGACAUUGAUAUCGUAUGGCAUGCAAACGAUCAAUUUCCAAAGGAUUUCAGAGCAGAGAUUCUUUUCUCAGAGAUGGAUGCUUCCGCACCACUUGUUUCAAUUGAAUUGCCAAAUAUUGAGGAGAAAGAUGGCCUUCCGAUUGAAGCAUUUGCAAGAGUUCAAGAGAUCUUUAGCACUGAGGACUGGCUAAGCCCAAAGGCUAAUGCAGCUCUUAAUAUGCUCCAGAAAAUAACAGCUACGAAUUUUCUUACAGAGAAAAUGGCUAGUUCCAGCCCUUUAGAGAGAACGGAGAUGCUCGACUUAUCUCUCGAUAAACUAGCUAUGGAAUCAGAGACAUCUGAAGACGAUGUUAUAAGUCCCCGAUCGAAGAUGGAUACAGAUCAAUAUCGGCCUUCUUUUGAACUAUCCCACGCUGCAAGUUCAGCGAGAUCAAAGAUUGAACCCCCAGAAUUGCAGGUUGCUCUCCAACUACCAGUUCAGUCUAAAAUCAUCACCCAACGAGUACCUCAACCUCCAUUGUCGACGCCAGACUCCUUCCCUAGUUCUGUGCAAGGUUCACCUCGCGCAAUAUUAAGAUAUCACAGUGCACCCUCAGCUCUUGGCAUUACAGCUUUAUUACAUGAUCAUUCCACAUUUAGUGGUAAAGAAGUCCUACAGCCAACAAUGUCCUCACCAUCAUCUGGUCUGUUGAGUAUGCGUGCUCUAGAUUCCCUGAAAGAUAUUCAACCUAGUAAGCUUCCUAUUUUGCCAACUUCAACCAUUACUGAUCCGUUGACACUUCACCAACGUUCCUUGAAACCUCUAAAAUUUUCACAUCCUCAACCUCCUCAAGCCGCUCCACGGGGGAGAAGUCAAUUGUCACCUUCUUCAUCUCAACCAACACCCACCUCUUUUCGUCGGGAGUCCCCACCCUCUUUCAAUGAGAGUGAACCUUCAAGAUCCUCUUCUAAGGAACCAUUUUCUGUUCCCAUUCAUCCCUCACCUUCGGCUUUAGUAACAUCUCUAUGUACUAGUAGGACGAAUGGUUCAUUUUCCCCAUCCGCACCACAACCCCCUUCUACGAAAGUACUGUUAUCUUCUACGAAGAACUUGACGAGUGUCUCUACCCUUCCCUUCCCUCCUCCUCCUCCUCCAUGCUGUACCCCUAACUUGGGUGCUAGUGUUGUCUUGCCAACAUCAGUGCCCCAACCCCCACCUCCACCUCCUUCAUUGAAGGACUCUAUAAUCACAGUCAGGCAUGAUCCCCGAUCUCCACCUCCCGCACCACCCUUGCCUCCAUCUUUUUUGAGUUCAACACCUACUUGUGAUUCUACUAUCACACCUCCUCCUAGUCUUGCACCACAAGAUUCUGCCACAGUAGUUAGGAACUCAACGGUUGUACCUGGCGCUCCACCUCCCCCACCUCUCCCGUCUCAUUCUUCUUCAAGUCCUAGUACUAUAUCUUCAGUGCCACCCCCGCCACCCCCUCCUCGUCUUGCACCAAAUGUCUCUGCCCCCCCUCCUCCUCCUCCACCACCUUUUGCAAAUUCUGGAUCCACCUUAUGUUCAGGUGUUGCAACGUCAGCUCCACCUGCUCCUCCUCCUCCAGGUUUUUCAAUGAAGGAGUCUGCAACACAUGCUCCACCUGCACCCCCUCCCCCAGGUCUCAACGGUAAUAAACUUUCAAAUGUCAAUGGUACUUCCUCACAGUCUCACGUUGGCACUAAUAACAGCAACAUACCUUCUAUUCCUGGACCACCUUCCAGUGGUCUAUUCAGUGCAAAGGCACGAUGCAUUGGACGUUUGAACGCCAAAAACCAGUCUCAACCUAAAAGGUCCAAUUUGAAGCCUUAUCACUGGUUAAAAUUAACGAGGGCCAUGCAAGGAAGCCUGUGGGCAGAGACACAAAAAAGUGAUGAAGCUUCCAAAGCUCCGGAGUUUGACAUGUCCGAACUUGAAAGUCUUUUCUCUGCAGCUGCACCAAAUUCAAAAUCUGGAGGUGUGGGUGGAAAUUCAAAUCGCCUAGCCUCAGGGCCGAAAUCAGAGAAAGUUCAAUUGAUUGAACUUCGACGGGCAUAUAAUUGCGAAAUUAUGCUCUCUAAAGUUAAGAUUCCUUUGCCCGAUAUGAUGUGUUCAGUACUUGCAUUGGAUGAGUCGGCAUUAGAUGUGGAUCAGGUUGAGAACCUAAUCAAGUUUUGUCCAACAAAGGAAGAAAUGGAAUUACUUAAGGGGUACAGUGGUGAUAAGGAGAACUUGGGAAAAUGUGAACAGUUCUUUUUAGAAUUGAUGAAAGUCCCACGAGUAGAGUCCAAGCUAAGGGUUUUUUCUUUCAAGAUACAAUUCCAUUUGCAGGCCUCUGAACUUAGAAAUAAUCUGAACACUAUCAAUUCGACAUCUGAUGAGAUCAGAAGUUCGGUAAAGUUGAAAAGGGUAAUGCAAACUAUCCUUUCGUUGGGUAACGCUUUGAACCACGGAACGGCUAGAGGUUCGGCGAUUGGAUUUCGGCUUGAUAGUCUCCUCAAACUCACUGAUACACGAGCGAGAAACAAUAAGAUGACUCUCAUGCAUUAUCUAUGUAAGGUGCUUGCUGAAAAGCUGCCAGAACUUUUAGAUUUUCCAAAGGACCUUGUGAGUUUGGAAGCUUCUACAAAGAUACAACUGAAAUAUUUGGCAGAGGAAAUGCAAGCCAUAAGCAAAGGGCUGGAGAAAGUUGUUCAGGAAUUAGCUAAUUCCGAGAACGACGGGCACGUUUCAGAAAAUUUUUGUCAGACUUUAAAAAACUUCCUUUCUCAUGCUGAGGCCGAAGUGAGGUCCCUUGCCUUUCUUUAUUCUAACGUGGGUAGAAAUGCCGAUGCACUCGCUCUUUAUUUCGGCGAAGAUCCAGCACGUUGCCCUUUCGAGCAAGUUGUUUCUACACUGUUCAAUUUCGUGAGGAUGUUCGUGCGAGCGCAUGAAGAAAACUGUAAGCAGCUUGAUUAUGAAAAGAAGAAAGCACAGAAGGAAGCUGCAGAAAAGGAUAAGUUAAAGGUCAGUACCCCGAAAAAGGAGUCGCGAUUCUUCAUGCAGACACCAACCUAGCGUAGCGACAUUGAACGAUCCGGAGUGUCCUAACAAACAUGUCUAUAACAUACUAAGUUAUUCUACAUACACUGUGAUCAAAGUAACCCAUAACCCAUCAUGCGCAAUCGAAUAAUGCCAACGUUAACGUCAACGUCGCUCAUAUUGGAUUGAAGAACGUUUCAGUGGCACAGGAUGUAGAAUAAGUAGCGGGUGUUCGGAUGAAACUCAGCAGCAAGUCGGCUACCAAACGUGUAUAAUUUGUUAACAAAAGAAGAAAUAAUUACAGGGAUCUGGAACUCAUCAGCCGUUGUGUUGCUGUCAUGUUUGUGUAACUGAGUUACUGAUAGGAUGGUAGAGUUUUGGGGCGCAGAAGCACUCAAAUAGGACUUGGUUAGAUUAGAGCUGUGGCUGUAAAAUAUAUUGUAUGUAAUUGUAGUUUGUUCAUGUUCCAUUUAACACAUUCAUGACCCUGCAAUUAUUUCCUCAUUACUUUGUUAUC